CCACGGGCAGUGCCUGGGCGGGCGGGCAUUCAGCUCCAGCUUGCAGUGCUCGCCGCGCGACGUCGGGUCUACCAGCGUCCAGCAUUGUACAGAUUGACGCCAGAGAAGUGGAAGCUUCAGUUUCCCCGGCCAUCAACUUCUCCUCUUCCACCAUUUGACGUCAGCUUCCAAACCUACCAAGCUGAAGCCGAGACUUCGGAUUGCCUCCAUCAUACUUGCGCCAAUUGUCAUUCAGCUGUUUACAAGUCACGACAUAGUGGCCCCCUUCAAGCUUAACGAGCGACGCGAUUCUUGGUCCGGCUCGAAGCCCGACGACUAUAUCGAAUAUACACAAUGGCGCCCUCGCUGCUCUUCAACCCGGCCAAGCUCCCUCCUUCGGAAGCUCUCCAACUCGCACAGCAAGCCCCCGUUGUCUUGCAAGGAUCGUCAUCACCGUCCGAGACGGUGGACCAAUGGGCAACGUUCGAGAAUCUGCUGCUAGCGUGCCUCCGAACCGGCGAUGAUGAAGCGGCCGCAAAAUGUAUGGAUCAGCUGGAGGCACGGUUUGGCCCCGACAAUGAGAGAGUCAUGGCUUUGAGGGGCUUGUUGUCCGAGGCCCAGGCCGAGAACAACGGAGAGCUGGAAGCGGUGCUCAAGCAGUACGAUGCCAUUCUGGAAGGAAACAGCACCAAUCUCGUGGGUCAUGACCGUUUACGCCAACUGUUCCCGGACCGCAGAUUUGCUAACCCGCCAUGUCUACGUCUACAGCCUAUCACAAAGCGCCGGAUCGCCCUCCUACGAUCCAUGGGUCGCGUCUCGGAUGCCGCAACCGCUCUUGUACAACUCCUCGACUUCUCCCCAACCGAUGCCGAGGCCUGGUCUGAGCUGUCGGAUCUCUACUUCACACAAGGGCUGUACUCUCAGGCCAUCUACGCCUUGGAAGAGGUCCUCCUUCUGUCACCCAAUGCCUGGAACAUACAUGCACGACUGGGAGAGGUGCAGUACAUGGCUGCCACGACUUCGGGAAGUGGCGGUGGAUCGCAGCAAAAGUACUUGGCCGAGGCGCUCAAGCGGUUUGCUCGGAGCAUUGAACUGUGCGACGACUAUCUCCGUGGCUACUAUGGGCUGAAGCUGGUCACCACGAGGCUCCUCAAGGAACAGGCCAAACAGGCCAAACAAACUGACGAUGGCGAGUUCACUCUGCCUGAUCCCAAGACAAUUGAGCGUCUCGAUGAGCUUGCGACGGCCAAGCUAUCGGAAAUCGUUCGUCACAGCACUCUGAAGGACAGAGGCUGGCGCGGCUAUGACGAACGUGAGGUUGCAGCUGCCCGAGAACUGCUCUCACAAAAUGGAAUUGAGAGGUGA